GCAGCAAUUGCUCUUUAGCUCCUACUUCCACCUCGUCGCAACCCUCCAACUUUCAUCUGCUCAUCCUCACCCAUCUCACCCUCUACAAGAUCCACUGAAUCUUACCGCAGUUUUAAGGCUACUCACAGCACACAAUGUCUGAAUAUUACGGAUACCCCGCGCAGCCCUUCAUUGACCCGCAGUCGUUUGUCGACCCGCAGUUGUUUGCUACCAAGCCGACGCUUGACGCAUUCGACUUCGACAACACCGACCAAGCCUCUAAGGCUGCUUUCGAGUUUGCUCAUUACGGGCAGUCUCCCACUGACGUUAUCGCCCCCCAUCCCGAGCAGUUCGACGCAGAGCUCGAUUCUUCUCUUGCAUCUUUCGACGCCGAGGUCUUCGGCUUGCCUCAGACAUACCUCGACCCUACUGCCGAUAUAUUCACCCAGUGGAGGUCCGACACUCCCACCCGAGGUGUCCCAUCUACCUUCACUGUUUCCUCGGAUUCGGCCUACGAGUCUGGCUAUAGUGACAGCUUGUCGUCGUACCAGAGCUCCAACUCUCCCUCAUCGGUCUACAACACCGAGGAGUUAGACGCUGACAUGCAACGCAUGCUUGGAAUGGGGAUGUUGAACAGCGACAAUAACAGUCUUUACGGUACCCCAUCUGACUAUCAACCUCGUUCUAACCAUGCUUCUGUGAGCAUUUCCGGCAUGGGAUCCUUCUCAUCCUCCACGUUCCCUGCUUCCUAUGCUCACCGCGGGGCUUCUUCCGACUACGACCCACACACUCAAAGGAGAGUCUCAAGCUCUUCUGCUUCAGACUAUUACCCCAACCACUAUCCGGUGCAGGCAACUGUGUCGCCCGCCAUAGUGACCACGUCGUUAUCAGUACCGUCGCAGGCUUCACCUAUGCCAAAGGCCCCCUCCGUUAAGUCUGAGAGUGCUUCUUCGGGCGACCCGAAGAAGAAGUACGCCUGCUCAAGCUGCUCGCGAUCCUUCGCCCGUGCUUACAAUCUAAAGACCCACAUCGCAACACACGACCCUAACCGCUCCAAGCCGUUUGCGUGCAAGCACAAGUCGUGUGGACGUGCCUUCAGCCGCAAGCAUGAUUUGCGGAGGCAUCUCAUUGCCAUCCAUCGCACCGAGUCUUCGGCUAGCUCCUCGACUUCUUCUGAAGCUGUUGGUGUCGAGAGGGGACAACGCAGUCGCUGCGACAACUGUGGGAAGAGCUGGGUUGGUGAAGACCGCUCUGGUUGCGACUGUGAUGAUGUGAAGUAAUUGCAUAUGCCACUCCGUUUGCUUGAUUUGAAUCUCUAUGGUUUGCGUACGCAUUUCUCGCUUUCCCCUAUGUAGCUGUUAUUGACACCGUGUCUUUCAUGCAGCUUCGCGCAACACUCACGUCCGUCCGAAUGGUCAUAAGGAAUACGGUCCGUACUGUGGGACCAGCAAUUGUAUUCUCGUUACCAUGACGACGUCUAUGGCCAGCAUUUUCACGUACAUUUCGUUUAAGUCAUUGGUGACUUUCGUGAUUUAUGUUGGCUCUAUUUGUACCCGUUCCGUAGUGUCCGUCGUACACGUCCUCACUUCUGGGUUGUUUUCAACUCCAUUUCCUUAUAGUCUGAAUUGGUUCCUUGCCUCAACUAUGCUUUCUUUUCCUAUCCUGUUUGUUCUCCCCUCCGAAGGGGGCUGCUCUCGAUCGUUUCCGGACAUUCUAGCUCGUACUUUCUCGAUAUCCAUUAUCUCAACUCUCCCAAUUUGUCUUUCAAUACUCCCUGAAUAUUAUAUAUGUUAUUCCUGCCAG